CCUAAACCGCGGGGGGGAGGGAGUGCAAGAGGAAAAAAAAGGGCCAGCCAGUCUUCUUCCCACAUGCGAGGGGCGGGGAGAAGGGGGCUUUACCUGUCCCACUCCUACCUCUGCGGCUGGCUGAGGGAGAAGUAGAGGGGGGAAAGAAAAGCAGAAUUACCAGUAGCUCUGGUUCUGCCGUCCCGGGAGCUCGGUCGCUCUCACACGCGAGCGCACACACACGCACACACGCACACACACACCUUUACCUGCACAGACUUGAAAGUCCAGUUUCACCAGAGAGACUGAGGCAUCUGGAAAAGGGGAGAGAGUUCAUUGGAUCAAACAUGUCACAAGAGACGGACAAUAAAAACCGGCUUGUGACUAUAGUGCCAAGCGAUGCCCCCUUUAAUACCAGAAGAGCUUACACAAGUGAAGAUGAAGCUUGGAAGUCUUAUCUGGAAAACCCCUUAACAGCAGCUACUAAAGCUAUGAUGAGCAUCAACGGAGAUGAGGACAGUGCUGCUGCUCUGGGAUUAUUAUAUGACUAUUAUAAGGUUCCAAGAGAUAGAAGAUUAUUGCCUGUUAACAAAGUGAGUGAUAAUCAAGAAGACCAGGAGAAAAGAAACUGCCUUCCCACUAGCGAAACGCAAAGUAACUUGAGCAGCAAUGGUGAAAACAGAGUGCAGGUUUUGAAAACGGUGCCAGUAAAUCUCUCCGUCAAUCAAGAACAGUUGGACACUUCCAAAAGAGAGCAGUUCAGUUCAAAUGUAUCAGGAAGCCCAUCCUCCAUUUCUGUGACUGGAGUGAUGGUGGUGAAAGCAGAGGAAUAUACCCCAGUUUACAUGACUCCUUCAGUGCAUUAUGCCAGGGGAGAAAAUGAAGAACAUCGGGGGGUCAUAUUUGAACAUCCGCAUUAUGAAGUGCCCAGCAUCACAGCCCAUUCAACCUAUAUGAAAGACGAUCAACGCAGCACUCCAGAUAGUACUUACAGUGAUACCUUUAAAGAUGAGGGGACAGAGAAAUUUCGGAGUAGUUCUGUAGGUCCCGAGGAAUAUAUUUAUGAACAAACAGCCAAUGUGAUCAUGGUUGUAUUCAGUGAAGAUAAAAACCGGGAUGAGCAGUUGAAGCACUGGAAAUAUUGGCAUUCACGACAGCACACAGCUAAACAGAGGGUCUUGGACAUUGCUGAUUAUAAGGAAAGCUUCAACACCAUUGGAAAUAUUGAAGAAAUUGCCUAUAAUGCUGUUUCAUUCACUUGGGAUGUUAAUGAAGAGGCAAAGAUUUUCAUCACAGUGAACUGCCUAAGCACAGAUUUCUCUUCUCAAAAAGGAGUCAAGGGUCUUCCUUUGAUGAUUCAGAUUGACACAUACAGUUACAACAAUCGCAGCAAUAAGCCCAUUCAUCGGGCCUUCUGCCAAAUCAAGGUUUUUUGUGACAAGGGAGCCGAAAGGAAAAUCCGGGAUGAAGAAAGAAAGCAAAACAGAAAGAAAUCGAAAGGCCAAGUUUCUCAGGCAACUUGCCCUAAUGCAGAAGGGAAGAUGACUCCUGUGCCUCUCCAAAAGAAGAAUGACAUCACCUAUUUCAAAACUAUGGCUGACCUGGAGUCCCAGCCUGUUCUUUUCAUACCAGAUGUUCAUUUUGGCAAUCUCCAAAGAGCUGGGCAGGUUUAUUAUAACAACGAUGAUGAACGAGAAGGUGGCAGUAUUCUAGCUAAACGGAUAUUCCGCACAGUUGAAGAGGACCUUGUUCCACCACCAUUGAAACAAAUAAAAGAAGAAGGAGCAAAAAAAGUUCUGCUGUAUGUGAGGAAAGAAGCAGAUGAAGUGUUUGAUGCUUUGAUGUUAAAAUCACCCACAGUAAAAGGGCUUAUGGAUGCAAUUUCUGAGAAAUAUGGCCUUCCAGCUGAGAAGAUUACAAAGCUUUAUAAAAAAAGCAAAAAAGGGAUUCUGGUAAAUAUGGAUGAUAACAUCAUUGAACAUUAUUCCAAUGAAGACACUUUUAUCCUAAACAUGGAGAACAUAAUGGAGGGUUUCAAGGUCACGUUGACAGAAAUCUAGUCUACACCGGCAUAGACCUUGUGAAGUGAAAACGUUUUGCCAUCAAGGAAGAAAUGAUAAUAAAACCCUGAUUUCAUUGAUAACGGAGAAGAAAGGUUGUUGCAAACCUAAAUUGGAAACAACCACAUUUUUUUUUGCCACUGGAAGCCAAUUUGGCAAUUACUGAUGAGUCUGUUCAAAAGAACAUUUCUUCACAAAGUUCAUUAUUUAUUGCUCCUCACUCUGCAAUAUGUAAAUAAUCAGUGGACCCUAGACUUCACAAUCUUGAUGUUGCAAAGGUAUAACAGAGACUUUAAAUAAAAACAACAAAAAUAGUUAAGACAAGGAAAAUAACAAGUUGAAAAAUAAUGUUAGUUCCACUGGGACUUAAUCACUGAAAUUUCACCUUCUAAAUGAAUUGCUAGAAAACCUGAUAAGCGUUAACAAUGUGCAAAGUGCCUCGUGAUCUUUGCACACCUACUGUAUACCAAACUUCUAGUGUUGGUAUCACAUAGCUUAGCCAUAUCCCUCCCUUUGCAGGUCAACUGAGGGCUUUUAAGAUUUUCAGAUGGCAUGUACUUUGUAAGUAAAACACCAUCCAUUUUAACUUCUGUAUAUAUGUGUUUAUAAUAUGUAAUAAUAUAUUUUCCUAUCAGUGUGGAUGUGUUUACUGCCACUCUAUUCUGUGUUUGGAUAAGAAGUUGGCAGAAUUCCUGUCCAAAGACCAAAGUUCUCUCACCAGCUAUUGAUUCUUCAGGGUUUUUGAUACCUUUUGUUCAAAGCUUAUCCAGGUGCCACAUUAUAAAGUUAAAACUCCUUAUUGUCACAACUAAGAUUAUUCUAUACCAGCUUCUCAGGUCUUUCAAAGAGAUGCUUUCUGUUAUUUUUAGACUUCCAUUAAGUCAGUCAUUUACAGAGUAGAACUGAAGGCCGUUUGGAGUGCAGCAGCUUGAGAGAGUCAGGCUUAUUCAAUUAUGCUGCAGCCUUCCAGUUCCUGAAAUACUUUUCCUAUCUCUUUAUAUAUCUCUCUAUCUCUCCCUCUCUCGCUUUGUUUUUUAAAUCUUCUGUGAUAUGCAUUCUUAAUGAAUGGCCGUUCACUUCUGCAAUGCAUCGUGCAAGAUGUCAUAAAAGUGACAUUUCUAUAUCAUUCCCACCAACGGCUGCUUCCAAUUUUUACCCAACCUUUUCUAAACACAUGUUAUUCUUCCAUUCAAGUUACUUCUGAAAGUUCCUGGCAACAUGGGAUCAGUGUGAGUUUAGCAAGGUAUUUUAUUUUUUGCUUUUAUUUUAGGGAAAUUAUGUGCUUUAUAAAACAACAGACACAUAAAAUUGGAAGGAAAGUUUGGAAUUGUGUAGUAGAGAAGUCCAAUCCCCUGAACAUGUCAUAUGUUGGAGGAUAUAAAUACAGGUGGUCCUUGCCUAAUGACCAAUUGUUUAGUGACCCAUUCAAAGUUAUGACUGACCUCAUUAGAGGUUCUGGUUCUGGAGUUCACACACACACCAAACCUGCAUUUACAACUAUAUGCAGGCACAUGAUUACAAUGUUCAGUAUUUUUUGCCAGUUUCUGGCAUUUACUUCUGGUUUCCAUAAAAAAGCACACAAUAAGAAAAAUGGGUUCAUUUAACAACCACUGCAAAGAAAAUGUAUAAAAUUGGGCAUGGUCCCAUGGUGAACCACAACUCCUAGCUGUAAUUCUGAACUUGAAUAUAGUUGUAUGUUUACAGUUGUAGAAGAUGUAAAUACCCAGUAUGUAUGUCUAGCAGAGAAGAACCCAUCAUCUGUGCAUCGGCCUCUUUCAUGUUCAAAGCAUCUCUUAAAUGUUCAAUUGAUUCUCAUGCUGCUUUCAGGAGUAGCAGAGAAUCGCAGUGCCCAACAGCUUUCUAUAUAUAUGGAGAUGGCUACUUUAUAAAGGGUUGGACUUAGAUUUCUAAAUACGUUGCACAAACCCAGAGGGUUUUCCCCCCACUCUUUCACUUCUUGAAGAAAUCAAGCCAUACCCAUGAUUAGGGCCAGAAAUGAAUUCAAUUGAUUUGCAUUUUAGCCGAAGUGACAUUUAGCUACUGAUUAAAAUACACUUUCCUGACUUUUGUAGUUCAUAGAUGUGCAGCAUGCAUUUCUUCAUGAAAUUGUGUACAAAAAUUACAGAACAGAUUUGGUCUAGUGCAGGGGUGUCAAACUCACAUCGUCACAGCAUCGUCAUGUGACAUAUCAUGACUCCCCCCCCUUCACUAAACCAGCUGUGGGUGUGGCCAGUACAUAACACACCCAGCCUGUGGGCUGUGAGUUUGGCACCUCUAAUCUAGUGGUUAAGCAGGCUCGAAACCAUGAAUUCUACUCCCCUUCCUUGGCCAUGAAAGCCAGGUGGGGGACUUGGCUAGUCAUUCUUUCUCAGCCCAACUCACCUCACAGGGUGGUUGU